ACAGAAUGGUAGACUGCAUCAGCAAAGUCAUGCUUCACACGGCUAUAUCAUGCUGGCAGCCAUUCCUAGGUUUGACUCUUGUGGUAAUAUGCAUGGGGUCAGCCGUUGGAUGCCCUGCCCGCUGUGAAUGCUCGGCCCAGAGCAAAUCAGUUAUCUGCCACCGUAAACGCCUGAUCGACAUUCCUGAGGGCAUCCCUAUUGAGACUAAGAUUCUUGACCUCAGUAAGAACAAGUUAAAAAGUCUGAACCCAGAUGAGUUUGCUUCCUUUCCAUUACUGGAGGAGUUAGACCUGAGUGACAAUAUCAUUGCUAAUGUUGAACCUGGAUCGUUUAACACCCUCUUAAACCUGCGUUCCCUUCGCUUGAAGAGCAAUCGAAUAAAGCUUAUCCCACUUGGAGUCUUUACUGGAUUAUCCAAUUUGACUGGACUGGAUAUCAGUGAGAACAAAAUUGUUAUUUUGCUGGAUUACAUGUUUCAGGAUUUACAUAAUUUGAAGUCCUUAGAGGUUGGGGACAAUGACCUGGUUUACAUUUCUCACCGGGCAUUUAGUGGGCUGUUGAGCUUGGAACAGCUGACAUUGGAGAAAUGUAACCUAACUGCAGUUCCUAUAGAAGCACUAUCACACCUCCACAACCUUGUCAGCCUCAGGCUCAGCCACCUCAGUAUCAACUCUCUGCAUGUAUACUCCUUUAAGAAACUAUUCCGAUUGAAGCAAUUGGAGAUAGACUACUGGCCUAUGCUGGAUGUGCUCCCUGUUAACAGCCUAUACGGCCUAAACCUUACAUCUCUGUCUAUCACCAACACCAACUUGUCCAUGGUACCUUUUCUUUCUUUCAAGCACCUGACUUAUCUCACACACCUCAACCUCUCUUUCAACCCCAUAGGCAAUAUUGAGGCAGGCAUGUUCAUAGAUUUGAUACGUCUUCAAGAGAUACGCAUGGUGGGGGCCCAGUUGCUUACCAUUGAACCCCAUGCAUUCCAAGGCCUGAGUGCAUUGAGGGUUCUGAAUGUCUCACAAAACCUGCUUGAUACCUUGGAAGAGAGUGUGUUUCAGUCUCCAAGAACCCUUGAGAUGCUCUUCAUAGACAACAACCCUCUGGCUUGUGAUUGCCGCCUCCUUUGGAUUCUGCAGAGAAGACACACAUUAUUUUUUGGUGACACCCAGCCUGUCUGUGUAGCGCCAGAGAACGUCAGAGGGAAGCAAUUUAAGGACUUUCAUGAUAUGGUUCUUUCGUUUUACUUUACCUGCCAAAAGCCAAAAAUUAGGGAAUGGAAAACGCAACAGUUGUUUGUCGAUGAAGGGCAGAUAGCUCAACUGUUGUGCAAUGCAGAUGGUGAUCCUUUGCCUGAUGUAUUCUGGAUCACACCACGCAGAAGACUUGUCACAGUGAAAUCUAAUGGAAGAGCUACAGUACUUGGAGAUGGUACACUCAAAAUCCAGUUUGCCCAAGUUCAGGAUAGUGGAACUUAUAUUUGUGUAGCCAGCAAUGCAGCUGGAAAUGACACUUUCUCUGCCUCCUUGACUGUGAAGGGCUUUCCAAGUGACAGGUCUCUUUAUGCCAACAGGACCUCAAUGUAUAUAACAGAUGCAAACAAUACCAAUUCGAAUGGAACCAAUGUGUACAAUAUGACUUUUGCCCUGGACCUUAAGACAAUUUUAGUAUCAACGGCAAUGGGAUGCUUCACUUUCCUAGGAGUGGUCUUGUUUUGCUUCUUGUUGCUCUUUGUGUGGAGUCGAGGAAAAGGAAAGCACAAAAACAACAUAGACAUCGAGUACAUUCCUCGGAAGUCCAAUGGGGCUGUGGUGGAAGGAACAGAGCAGGGAGGCCCUCGUAGGUUCAACAUGAAAAUGAUGUAGAUCCCGGCACCAACAGUUGCUUAGUAAUCAGUUGACUGGCUGUGUUUUAACAUAGAACAGCCUGUCAAGAAAGGUCGAUUGGACAGACUGGGCUUGUGUGGAUCACAGAUAAGUUGCCAGUACACAUUAUUAGUUUGCUAACAAACCAGUGGACGAUUAAAUACUGUGGUGGCAUUCUUUUGAACUGAGAAAUAGACUGUUGGCUUAAGUCAAUUAGCAGCUAUUCGGUAUUUUGUAUUGCUUGCAGUUAAUCCUACAGUGCAGGAUUUACGUAUAAAAGAAGUUUUAAAGAUCGUGUACAGUACGCUUUGUAUUUAAAGAACAAAAUGUAUUUGUUAAGUCUUGCAUCAUACUUAAUUGUUGAUUCAACACUGCAAAGAAGUAUCUAUGAAACCGAAUGUCUUUUUUACAAGUACUUCCGAUAAAUCAUCUUUUAAAGCAAUAUCAAUAAGAGACUGUGCUUUAGGAAUUAUGAUUUAGACUUCUCCAGGGGUACUGCCAGUAGAAUCGAGCUAACUUUGACCUCACUUCUGAAACUCGCAAUUUGCUUGUGAUGGGAGGACUUUAUAACAUUACAGUAUCAAAUAUAAAGAGUACACCUUUAAAGGUUGAGCUGAUUAUUUAUUGGAAACCCCUCACAUGAAAUUAAUUUAUAUUCUGUUUCCAAUAUUUCAGUAAUAAAAUAAUUUUGGUAUUCUCUAAA